AUGCUAGCGAAAUCGGGCAAAACGGCUCGGUUCUGGCCUCUCGUCGCCAUGAUAGCGAGUCUUACGAUCGUCAACAUCGCUGGAGCCGUGUCCGUCGACGUAUCGGCUGCGUUGCAAACGGGCGACCCACUCGACAAUGGCUGCGGGUUAUUGAAAGAUUGCGACCCGACUCCACUAUCAGAGUCUAGCUAUAAAAAUUUCUACCAGACCGACAAAAGUACCUGGCACUCCUUGGGGUUGGAUCCGAAGCUACUGCACAUCAACGAGAUUGCAGUCGGCUUUGUUCCUGGGUUUCUGGAAAAGGAAAACCCGAAUAAGCCUGAAGACAUCAACAAGAAACUGUUCAAACCGAUGUCCAUCAUGGGUGAUUACAUUAGCAUUUCAUCUUGGGACAAGGAAUUUAAAGCCAUCGAUUGGCACAUUAAGACUGUGCAGAACUUGAAAGGAAACCCCGUUUGGUGUAUCGCGCUCAUGCCAAGCGAAGGGCUGGACAGCAUCUCGUACCACGUCGCCAAUCGAAUCGCAAUGAAAAUGAAGCAAGUCAAUGACCUUGGUAUCACGGUUUGGUUGAGAUUUGCUCACGAAAUGAACGGCGAAUGGUAUACUUGGGGCCUACAACCUGAGAAAUUCAAGGAAAAGUGGGAGAUGUUGGCUCGCGAAGUGAAAAGAGUUACCAACAGAACCUAUAUGCUCUGGUCUCCCAAUGCAAUGUUUGGACAUGGAGUUGGCGAACGGCGGGGAGGAUACUCGCCCUACUGGCCCGAUCCUUCGACUGUAGACAUUUGCGGUCUCUCGUUUUAUCACUGGGGAAUAGCUGAUAAAAGAACAAACGUGAAGCCAACGCGACAAGAAGCGAUUCGCAAAUUGUAUGAGUUUGCACAGAUCUACGGACGGAAUGGAUGGAACAAACCCAUAAUCGUUGCGGAGACUGCUGCUUGUUACACCACUUACGCCGGCACUACCAACUCUGUUGGCGGAGGCUUUUCCGAACUGGAAAUCAAGAUGACCUGGCUCCACUUAUUGGUCGACCGAUACAUCAAGAGGAUAAUACCAGAUCUCAAGGCAGUAAUUUGGUUUGAAGUCGACAAAGUCGAAUCUCCACCUGGAACUGGUAAGCGCUACAACGAAGAUUUCCGGUUGGUUCUUGGAAACCCUGAGGUGUCUUGGGCAGUUCGCGAGCUCUUCGCCAGUUACCAGAAUAAGGAACUCGCCAAGUUCAGUGAACGGCAGUGA